AUGGGGAACAGUGUGAAGAGAUCACCAUGGAUGGUGAUCAUUGCCUUAGUCUUCUCUAUUGGAGGCUUCGUGCUUGCUAUGGUGUCCAUGUUUGCUGGUUCGCAUCCCGGGAGAAUGGAGGAAUAUCACGUUAUCGCUAUCAACAUGUCAAAUUUUGGUCAUGACCUUGUACCAACAGCAACAAGCGGUGGAUCCAACCCGACGUCUACCAGCGAGGGCGGUAUUGGUGCCAUUUUUAGCAGCGUGGUUGCGUCCGCGGAGUCUGCAAUUGGCGACGCGCUGGACGAUAUCGCCGACGAGCUAUCCACAGAGUUGGGCAUCUCGCAGUGGUAUUCGCUUCACAUCAUGAAUGCUUGCGAGGGCACUUACGCCCCGAACGCGACGAGCCCUGGCGCAUGGUACAAUGUCACCAACUGCACUGCGCAGGAGGCUGGAUACCAAUUCAACCUGACCGAGGUGCUCGACCACGAACUGCAAGUCGGACCCUUGAAACUCAACCUGAACCAGCUAGGGUUCCCCGAAGACAUCCAAGAUUUCAUCGAUUACUUGAAUAGUUUCUUGCUCGCCAUCUUCGUCUUCUACGUGCUAGGCAGUGCAUUAGCUGGCUUGUCGUUCCUCCUUUGCAUCGUGGAGCUUACGUUGCGAAAUCAGAGCACCCUGAUUCGUAUUAGCGGCAUAAUCACAGCCGGGUUGUCAGCGUUGACCCUCGGCGUAGGCAGUGCCAUAACGACGGCCGUGGCGAAGAAGGGCGAGUCGGAAAUCAACGAGAAGGGCGAUGAUGUCGGCAUCUCUGCCAAUGCUGGCGGAAAGUUCAUGAUCAUCUCGUGGGUCUCGUUCGGGGCCAUGUUUGUUGCUUUCAUCGUUUGGCUAUUAUCUUUCUGCAUGGGCCGCAAGAAAACGCGAGGAGCAAGUCACUCGAGUGGACUUGAAAAGGGAGAAACCCGCCAACGAUCAAGCCGGAACCGCUUUUCUGGCUGGCGCCGCACGAGGCGUUCGCAUAAAGCAGGUUCAUUUUGA